AUGCAAGUCUUUGCUGUGCCAGGGAGAUCAUUUGAGUUUGCUUCUGAGGAUGAACUCUAUGGUCUUUGUGAAGAGACAGACUGUAUUUACUGCAGGAUUUCUGUCCCAAUGAUUCAGCAUCAUCUGUCACAGCGUCAUUUUAAAGGCGCAAUAUUUUACAAAGAAGCAAAUUCAGUGAAGUUUACUAUACCUUGCUACUGCACUGAUGGAGCACAUGGCAGGAGCCACUGGCAUUGUUCUAAGUGUGCAAAAACUAUACAGAGAGCUGUGGAUUUCAAAACACAUUUGAAAAAACAUGGUUGUGAAAUGGCAGAGAAAUCUUCAGUGGACCCGCAAACCACUAGGGCAAUAAAAGAUUCUAUUUCAGAGGAAAAGCUAUCCUUGGAAGAGCAAGCUCAGAAACAACUCCAACACCAGACACCUGUAAAGAGAAACCUCCCUCCGGAAAAGGCACAUUUGAAAUGCCAGACAUGCAGGAUUGAGUUUUCCACUACAUCAAAUUUAAGGAGACAUGAGAAGAUGCAACACGGCUUGGAGGAACCUAUGCUUUGCGUAGAUCAAAAAAAUGCUAUAUAUGUGACACCAAAGGAGCAACAUGGGCCAAGACUUCCAGUCCACAUUAUUAAGUCACCUCACCUUGAUAGAUUAUUUUGUGAGUCAGAAACAUGUAGGGACAUGUCAAGUAUAGCCACCCGGAGUGGAUAUCCUGCAACUGAGUGUCGCCACCUUAAAAGGUCAUGUACGGCAGAAGGAUACAUUCCUCCACCACCACUGAACAGUAUCUCUUUGGACAAAAUGCUGGACAAAGGAUUAAUCUCCAAGUCUAGGCUUCAGGAAUGUAGGGACCUACAUUUGAAGUCCAGUGAAGAGGGAGUUGAUUGUGUCUUUCCUGUUUUUUGGGGAGAACAUGGCCUGUCACAGAGAUACAUCUACUUCUCUGUAUUCACCAACCUCAAAGACAGUUGGUGUCUGCUUGGGAGAACAAUCGUGACAUUUGACACAAUAUCUGGUAAAUGGCACUGCCAGUGUAGGGGCACCAAACACAGACAGAGUUGUGUUCACCGAUAUUUAUGCAUGUGGUGGAUAUUUCAGGAACGUCCAGAGUUCCUACAAAAGGAUGUUAAUGUAACUCCAGAAGAAAUAGAAGACCUUAACGAGCAAGAAGAGAUGGAUGAUGAGCCACAACAACCAAAUGAGACAGAAUCAGGGGUCAUUCAAAUGACAGAGUACUUUUUGAAGAUUAAAAGAAUCCCAGAAGAUCUACCGCAAGAUUUAAUAAUCACUGAAAUGCCUGUACCUGAAAGCUUUGUGCCUGAAGAGACACAGUGCCCGUACUGCCCAGGACCAUGUCCCCCCAACCUUGGCGAGGCGCAAUUGAAGACAAAGCAUGCCACCAUUUAUGGACUGUUUUCUGUGCACAAAGGUAUUCAUGUUUACAUAAAAAAAUGCCCAGUGUGUGGUAACACAGUUAGAUUCCAAGAAUACAAAUCAGGUUUUCACAAUUUCAAUGACAAAGUAUUCGUCACAAUCCCAUUGUGUUCACUUUUGACCACAGGGUUUUCGAAUCACAUUGCUGUUGGACGUUUAUUACGCACUUUGGAGGACCACAGCAAAGUGUAUAUUCCACACAACACACUAAGAAAAGCCUUUUACCACUUCAGUGCAUUGAGAAGUUAUUCAUAUAAUUUCUUCUGCUAUCGUUGUGGACAUCAUGCUCCUAUACUGAUUGCAGACACAAACUGGAAAGUGGCUUUUGACUUGCCAGUGCAUCUGAUGAAACGGCCAGAUCUGACCAACAGCACGUCCCAGGACACACAGGUGAAUGUUACAGAAAGAUGGGAAAACCUCGAAAAGGAGAUAAUUGCAACAGGAUUCUGUGAUGAUACAUGCAGCAAUCCCUUUUCUAGCUCUCUGAGUUAUUCUGCUUUUACACCAUGGAUUGGACAAUAUUCCAGAAUGUCAAAUGUAAUUCCAAAGACUGAGAUUUACAAAGGACUCUCCCAAAAGGACAGAUUGUGUCCAAAGAGAGCAAAUGAGGAAGUUGAUGAGGACAAGAUACGGCAAAUUCUGGACACAAAAGUGCCACGAAAAGAUGAUCUUAGAAAAGCCUGCAAUGCACUGGGUGUUUCAGCAAGUGGCUCACAGUCUGACCUCAUUAACCGGCUGGAGGAACUUCUUCUGUAUAAAGAUGUAUAUCCAAAAAUGUUUGUAAAGCUUCAUAAAACAGGAGGAGGGGUACUGCAUCUUGGGUGCACCCAUGGCGUGGUGUACUACGAAUCACCCUUGUGGUGGCAGGAAUCAGCUCGAGACCAUGGUGACGCUCUCCUGAGCUUCAAACACCCACCCACUGUGUUCAUUUCUGACAUAGCUGGUCGUGUUGCCAGACACGUGAAUAAUCGGACCAAUCAAAAGUUUUUCCAGCCACAUGACGGCAGGCUCUGUGCUCCAACUACAGAAAAUAUUUCUGCUGCCUUGGACAAAAAAUUAAAAGUGAAGCAUGAAUGGAUUAACACUCUCAAAAGAAGCUCAGUGGGUCCAACUUUACUUCAAGAAGAUUCAACUGACAGAUUUACCUCUCCCCACCCUGUGACUGGAACAAGUGAACGGUAUUCCCUUUAUGACAGAUUUCAUGAAAAAAACCAAAAAAGACCUGAAGAGAGACUGAGGAGCUUGAAACUAAUGUCAGAUCUAGCCUGUAUAGUUAAUUCUGCAUCAGCUGAACAAAUAAACAAAGAGCUGUCAACAAACAAGUACUUUCUGUGUCAAAUGAAGGACAUCCAUUACAUGUUUUCCUUGAGGCUUUAUUUCCAUCUGCAUAACCAGAGGAUCAACAAUGCCUUCCUCCAGGACAUUGAAAAAACUUCUCACAAAAAAGUACACAUAGGGACACAUGGGCACCUCCUUAUAGGUGUAAAAAAGGCCAAAGUUCCAGAGUACCAAACAACAUCUGCACAGUUACCAGCUGAGUUGCAAGAACGCUCAACUGAUAAAGACCUGGAAAGCUUCUCAGUGUCAAUGUUUCCUAUAAGUGAACAAAACAAGGAAAAGCUGAAACAGCUGUAUAUUACCUUCAAAAGAGAUAAACAAGUAGUUCAGAGAUUUUCACCAUAUGCCAUACUGUUUAUGGAAGACUUGAGAAGUGUUUGCCCCUCUUCUCUGUUACAUGAUGAAGAUCCAAGCAAACACAUGCCUUGGUAUACAGACAAUGCUGUGAACUGUCGUCUUGCUCAACUUGGUGCAGAAAAUGAAAACGUCGUUGCCUUGUACACAGACAUGUUCAUUUUGUGGCACAGAAAGUGGACAGCAAAAAUGGAAAUUCCAAGGUCAUAUCGUCCAAAUUUUGAGAAUGCUGAAAAAAUCCUGCUCCCAAGAAUUGUUGGGGGAGUCUCACCAGAGGAAGGAAACCACUUUAUCCUUUGGGUUUUCGAUAUCCCAGAAAAGACAAUCCGUGUUUAUGAUUCAAUGGGGAUGUACACAUCCAUUGAAAAUGAUGACAUGGAGAUUCUGAGAGAGGCCUUUCGAGAACAUGGGUCACUAGAAGGCUGGACUGUUUGCUAUCCCCAGCAGUGGAAGCAACGUGAUGGUUUUAACUGCGGUGUAUUUGCUUGCACUGCAGCGGAAAUGGAGGCCAAAAACAAAAAUAUGUCAUCAGAAUCUAUUCAGAGAAGUCAGCUGGCGCACCUGCGUGUUUAUCAUGCAACAAGCAUGUUGAACGAUGUGUCCACCAAAGACUUUCCGAUUCCAGUUGGUGACCAAUGUGACAUUGAGACAGACGCCAACACUUGCUUGGCACAGGACAUACAAGCCUGCAUUUUUCAAAAUACAGGAAAAACAACCCUGCAUCCACACAUCAAACAAAUGAAGUGGGUUCAGUGUGAUGUGUGCGACAAAUGGUUACACACAGACUGUGCUGGCAUAGACCCUGCAGCAGUUUCAGACAACACACCUUUCAGCUGUGGAUGUGAUCUGAAAAUACCACAUUCUUUUGAUAGCACAGUCAAAGCUUUGGAAGAGGGACUUCUCAUUGACACAGUGGUGGAGGAUGAAGAAAUAUUGAAACUGCAUCAGGACCUCACAUCGGGUUCUUUAAGAUCCCAAAGAAUGUUUUUGUUCCAAAAUCCAUCGUAUGCACCAAAACUGAAACGUCAUUGCAACCUAUGGAUCUCUGUUUUUAAUGAAAAACAGGUAGAAUGA